CCGCCGCCCCGACGGGCGCCCCCCGCCGCGGCCGCCGCCGGGCCCCGGGCGCCAGCAUGAAGAAGGAGGUGUGCUCCGUGGCCUUCCUCAAGGCCGUGUUCGCCGAGUUCCUGGCCACCCUCAUCUUCGUCUUCUUCGGCCUCGGCUCGGCCCUCAAGUGGCCCUCGGCGCUGCCCACCAUCCUGCAGAUCUCGCUGGCCUUUGGGCUGGCCAUCGGCACCCUGGCCCAGGCGCUGGGGCCCGUGAGCGGCGGCCACAUCAACCCCGCCAUCACGCUGGCCCUCCUUGUGGGCAACCAGAUCUCCCUGCUCCGCGCCGCCUUCUACGUGGCGGCCCAGCUGGUGGGCGCCAUCGCGGGCGCGGGCAUCCUGUACGGGCUGGCUCCGCUCAAUGCCCGGGGCAAUCUGGCUGUCAACGCGCUCAAUAACAACACGACGCCGGGGCAGGCUGUGGUGGUGGAGCUGAUUCUGACCUUCCAGCUGGCCCUCUGCAUCUUCUCCUCCACCGACUCCCGCCGCACGGGGCCUGUGGGCUCCCCUGCUCUGUCCAUUGGCCUGUCCGUCACACUGGGCCACCUUGUGGGGAUCUACUUCACCGGCUGCUCCAUGAACCCAGCCCGCUCCUUCGGGCCUGCCGUGGUCAUGAAGCGGUUCAGCCCCGCACACUGGGUCUUCUGGGUGGGGCCCAUCGUGGGAGCUGCCCUGGCGGCCAUCCUCUACUUCUACCUGCUCUUCCCCAACUCUCUGAGCAUGAGUGAGCGCGUGGCUGUUGUCAAGGGCACGUACGAGCCCGAGGAGGACUGGGAGGAGCACCGGGAGGAGCGGAAGAAGACCAUGGAGCUGACAGCCCACUGACCGGAGUCAGACAUGGGCCAGCCCCUCAGCCGCCGAACCACAGGGGGGACGAGAAAAAUAGCAGAGCAACGCUUCCUCCCCCCUCAGCUGGGUCCUCUGGGCUGGGGAGACGGUGCUGGCUCCCCAGGCUGCAGUUAGGGAUGGGAGCCAGGGGCUGGGGGCUGGGGGGAGGGGUCUCUCUGGGACAGGACAGGCUGCCGAGUGAGGUGAGACCUCAGGGACUGUGACCACCGUGCCAUAUCUGCAGGCUGCCCCAGGGCCAGGCCGGAAAGGGAUGUCCUGCAGUGUGCUCCCCCCACCCUCCCCACCUCCUCAAGAGGCAGAUGGACCCCUGUCCCUCGGACAGCAGAGGCUAGCCCUCCCCCAAGCUCCUUAGGAGGGACACAGCCCGGGUGAUUGAAAACCACCUUAUUUAUUUCUGGUUUCUGGGGUAGGACUGCUGGUGUUUGGGGUGGGGGCUUCCCAAUAAAUCACUGACAUUCACGUUCUGCAUCUGUCUCCAGAAGCUUCUCCUUGGGACCCUCUGGUUCAUCGCCUCUCUCUCCUCUUCACCAUCCCACACCCUCCCCCAUGGUCCCCUAGGCUCUCUGUAGAAAGACAGGGAAGCUGAGGCCAGGGGAGGCCGAGAGUCAGAGAUGUGGGCGGGGAGAGAUGGAGGAGAGGAGUACAGAAACAGCUGGAAGUCAAGAGGGGGCAGUGGGAGCAGAGAAGGAGGGGCUGUCCCCUUCCCUUUGUCAUCCACCUGCUCGCCCCUCCCACUUUAGCUAUGUCAAGUCCCAGCCACAAGAGGAGGGCCUGGCACCAGUGCCAGGGUGUGCCAUGCAGGGUGGAGGAGAAAUGAACCAGCAGCCCCUUGAGAUGCCAAGAGGGUGACCAGCCAGGUCUGUCAUCAGGGAGGAGGCACAGUCCCGGACACCCUUGUGUUCCAAAAUGGUGCC